AUGAAGAAAAGUUCGUCGUUUAUUGACGUCAGCAAUUCCCAAACUCCAAGGGUUAAGCCUGCAUUUAAAAUUUCAUCAGCGGCUACAAAACAAGUCAUAGUCAAAAAUGUUGAGGACAAGGCCUCAAUAAUCAGCGUAUUGCGGUCUCAAUGCAUCCCAUUUCACACUUUCUCCGAGAAAUCGGAGAAAACAAAGUCAUUCGUUCUGAAAGGAUUUUACGAAACUCCAACGAAUGAAGUACUAAGAUUACUUCAAGAAGCCAAGGUUUCAGCUGUCAAAGUGAUAAUUCUCGUCAAGAAGCCCGAGUUCACCUUUUAUCUUGUGCAUUUUAUAGAUGAAAGUGUGAACAUCAACGUGCUCAAUCACAACCACCGUAACAUCGACAACAUCAUCGUCAAGUGGGAGAACAUCAAGAAGGGCAACAAAAGCCCAACGCAGUGCUUCAACUGCCAACGUUGGGGUCACUCAUCUUCAAAUUGUGGAUAUAAGUUCCGAUGCGUCAAGUGCACGGAAGUUCACGGACCAAAUCAAUGUCAACGAUCCACUCGUGAUGGAAAUGCCAAGUGCAUUAAUUGCAAUGGCGAUCAUGCUGCCAGUUAUAGACUGUGCCCAUCGUUCAUUUCGUAUUCCAAAAGAAUCGAAAAGUCAAGAGCCAAACCACAACUCAAAAUUCUGCCACAGAUAUCAAGUCUUUUGGACAGAAACAAUUUUCCAUCCGUCGAUUAG